UAAAUUAGUGCUGAAAAUGGGAGGAGCCCCACUCCAUCCCAACAAGCAGCAAGAGCGGGAAAAUGAAACAUACCCUUUCUUUCUCUCUCACUCUAACAUCGCCCUUCUCUCUCUAAAAUCCUUUUCUUAUUUCUUUUUCCUCUCUCUCUCUCUUUCUUUUCUCAACUAUCAACUAUGGCGGUUGCCUUCGAAGGCUUCUCCAUCCGGGACUAUGUGUGGAGGAUGAGGAGUGUGGACGUGGUGAAAUGUUGGCCUUUCGAUGGGGAUGGGCACGGGGACGAGAGUGUUUUGCUGCCUCCGAUGGAGGUGCCCAAGUUCAGAUGGUGGUCCCAUGAGGUGGAGCUCCUGAGAUCCGCUGCUGCUCAACGCAAAUCAUCUCAUAUUCAUCAAGUUGAAUCCCAAAAGCCCGACAAAUCGACGGAGGAGCGGCGGCACAAUAAGGCCAAGGCCAGGCCGCCCAAAAAACGAUCCAUUCUUGAGAUUUUCGCAGUCGCUCCCCAGAUCGAUUCGUCGGCGGAUUUGGAGGUUGGUGAUGAUGAUGAUGAUGAUGCUCAAGUUGAAGGUGAAGAUGGAGAUGUAGGUGUUAUUAAAGAAGGUGAGUUUGAUUCUCCCAAUGGUGUUGCUUUCAAAAUCAAGAGCAAGAAGAGCAAGAAUAAGAAUAAGAAAAAGAAGAAGAAGAAGAGAAGUAGCUUGGAAGAAGAGGUUGCGGUGGGAAUUGAGAGCAAGGUGAAUAAGAACAAGUCCAAGAAGAAGGCUAAGAAGGAUGAGGAGUCAAUUGCAAGCAAGGAGAAAAUUCAAAAGCUCAAACUCCAAACUCCAGUCAAAUUUACUGAAAAAGAAAAUGGUUCACCAUCUCAUAAGAGGUGCACAAAGGACAUCCCCAAUGGUGUUUCUAUGGGUAAAAAGAAGCCAAGCCUGAAAUGCUUAUCUGCAAAAAAGGAGAAAGUUCAAACUCCCAAAUUGAUUGCAGAACACCAGAAACCAGUGCUUCCUCUUUGCGGUAUCCUGAAGAAUCAGACAAAAGUUAGGUCUGGGCAGAACCCUACUACAUGCAACAUGCAGGGCUCUAGUCAAGUGAAUCCUUGUAUUCACCAAUCAGGGAGGCAUGUCACGUUCUCAGGUAAAGAUGACAUACUUGGACCCAGGAAGAAAUGUUUUUCUUCAGCUGACUGUCAUAAAUUGCAUAAUGUCUGUGACCUAUUAUCAGAUGUGGGUACUCCUUCAACAGUAAUGGAUCAGGACAUGGAAAGUGAAAAAGAAUUCGCUGUCGAGAUAAAUGAAAGUGAUGAUGAUGUUUCCCUUGGCAUUGAAAAAGGGAAUGAGGUUCAGCCUAUAAUUGAAAAGGAUCAGUUGUCUGAUAUCUGCGAUCAUGUUGAUAUUCAAAGCUUCUUGAGGCCACAUACUAGUCAAGAGAAAGCAAAGCAUUUGUCAGACAAAUCUCUAUCCUUGAGCCAAUUUGCAUCAAAUGGUGUUAAUCUGCACAAAUCUCUAUCCUUGAGUCAAAUUGCACCAAAUGGUGUUGAUCUGGAUUUGUUUGAUCAAGGCAAUCCACCUGCAUCUAGUGACACUUCAUAUGCUGGUGUUCCUAGACUUCUUUCUUCUUCAAAAGAGCGUUGUAGUCCGAUUUUAAAUUCUCAAGUAGCAGGGAACUUGCUCAUGGCUUCCAACAACAGUGGAAAGUUGAUUGACCAUUUUGGAGAUCCUACACCCAGAAUUUCUGCAACAAGAUCAAUUGCAAAUGUGAGGGCACUUUCUCAUCCUUUGUCAUCUUGUGUUUCUGUAAAUGAAAAUGCAAAUGGGAGGCUUUCAUUUUUGCCACAAAGCACCACAGAAAAUCACAAUACCCGUGCUCUUCAGUACCAACCCUUCUCUCACCUGUCCUCCAAGGAAUUGAUGGAUAGCUUAUCUCCCUUUCCAGGGUCCAAGCAUAGAGCACUUUUAUUUGGGGAAAAGUGCAUGGAUGAUGAUUUUUUCGGUUUGCCUCUCAAUUCUCAUGGUGAACUAAUCCGGUUGAACUCAAGUGGCAAAGAUGGGCUUAACCAUCUGAAGAAUCCAAGUACCUUAUCUGGUUCUUCCUGCAGCUUACCUUUUCGUCAUCAUGUCCUACCAAAAUGUAACGGGGACAAUUUAAGUGUGAAAGAGAAGCAUUUUGUUGAGACUUUGCUUCUAAAAGACCAAUUAAAAUUGUUUCCCACCCAAAACUACAUUGAAGAGAACUUGGAUGUUCGCUUCCCAUCUAGGUUAGGUAUCACUGGAUCACAAGUUGUUGGAAGAACAGAUGCCCAAUGGCUAGGUUCUGAGAGGGCAAGCAACCACUAUGUCCCUCAGCUGGAUUCAGACCCUAACUUGAUGAAAGACACUUGCCAUGGAUGCAGACAAUCUGACCAGAUUCAGUACAAAAAGGACAAUGGAAAAAUUCAUCCACGGGAGCCUUCAGACCAGAUAUUGAUGCAUACCACACAACCAACAGUGCGAUUGAUGGGUAAAGAUGUUACAAUUGGUAGAAGUAGCAAAGAUAUGCAAGGAUUAGAGGAUGGGAAGAUCUGGACUGACAAGGAAAUAAUAACAGAGAAUUGUAUCACCAGUACUGCUCUUGCAAGCUCCUCAGCCAAGGCUUAUUUUCAACAGGACUGGAUGCUACAUGCAGCAUUGAGCAAAUCAAAAGAAUCUGUUGCUCACACAUUAGAAAUGCGAAGGAAUCAAACGUCACAAAGGGUUUUACAGAUGAAAGCUCCAGAGUCUAGGUUUUCUCACCCAUAUCUCAAUUGGCAAACUAAUUUAGUGUCCCAAAGUCACAGUAAUCAAAGUUCCAGUUCUCUCUCUUUUGCUCCUCCUCCCCCUUCCCCUGCAAUGCUCAAUAGGGCACCCAACUUCCAUGAGCCCUUUAUAUCUGGAAAUGAGUCUCUAAAGGUCAACUCUCAGAUACCAGUAUUGUCAUCUUCUCCUCAUAGUACCCAUCAGCACAUGCAUCUGAAUUCUGCUGAGCUAAGAUACAACCAGGGCCUUCAUGCUACAAAAUCUGCAUUUGAGUUUCCCUUCAUGCAUCCAGAUUAUAGAGAACAUGGCCAGCCAUCAUGGUUCCCGAAUCCCUCAAAGAGUCUUCCCCCAUGGUUGAUACAUGCAGCACAACAGAAAAAAACAUCUAUUGCCUCAUCUCUACCUUAUUCUGAUCUGGAUGGUAAACACCAUUCCUGCACUGUCUCUCAAACUAACUUUAUAACUGUCCCUUCUGUGCAACAAUCACCGGUGCUAUCUUAUCCUUACUGUCCCAUGAAAUCUCAAUCUCAAAUUCAGAGUUCCCUUGGUCACUCUUUUGUUCACUCUCCACUCAUUCCUGUCCUUCCUGGAUUUAAACAAACUUCUUCAAGCCAUGUGAACUACAGAAACAGAAUCAAGGUCAAAGACAGAAUGAAAUCAAAAAGUUUUUUUGUUAAAGAUUCUGACUAUAGCAAGAACACAAAAAAGAGGCCAGCAGCAGAAGCAAAUGAAUCCCCAAAGCCUCCUAAGUUGAUGACCUUAGAAAUGAGAGAAGAAUCUAGCACUGUGACAGGGUUGAACACAGUGGGAAACUAUAGCAGUGAAGAGCAACUUAACCCGGUUGCACUUGAACUCAAUUCAGACAGAGAUCAAGCAAGCAGUAUAGGAUUUACGCCAAGUGAGACUCAGAAGGAUGAGCUAGCAAAUUCUCCAGGGAUUGAUGCUUCCAAAUUGGAUGGUGUGACAAGAUCCGGUCCUGUUAAAUUAAGUGCAGGAGCGAAGCACAUCCUGAAACCCAGUCAAAAUAUGGAUCAUGAUAGCUCCAGGCCAACCCAUUCAACUAUUCCUUUUGCUGCGGUAACUGAUUCUGACAGGGUUUCAGGACCUCAGAAAAAAACAGCAAAGAUUUACAGGUUUUAGGAGAAGGCAUAUUAGUCCAAGAUACAAGGCGGUUCAUUUCUUCAUUAGGGUGACCAAGUUCCAAGGGAUUAGUAUUAUCAAGUCCAGGACUUCGGCUUUUGAUACUAGCUCCAAGAUGUGGACCCCAGGCUUCAUUGCAACUGCCAAAGAUCUGUUGUUACAUUAAGGUUUCUACUUCUUUUUAAAUCAGGUAUUCUCUACAUUGCCUUAGUAAUAUGACAAAUUGUAAGAGUGGUUUUCACACUUGCCUGAGGGCUUUUCAUUUGUAGCAUCAAGUUUACAACUGCAUUUUGUUGCCUGAGAUUGUUAGUAAGAUAAUUAUAUUGCUAUUGUCUACAUACUAUAUGAAAGUUUUUUGACAGUUCUAAUUGGA